UGCCGAUAGCGAAUAACCAGGAAAAAAAGGAUUCCGUGACUGAGGCCAUCGGGCUGUGAUGCUUUUGUGGUUGCAGUGAUAGAACUUGGAGCACCACAGCCAGUGGCCCUGCCACCAACUCCUCCAUGCGACUUCCAUGAAGUGUACUGUAAUUAGCUUCAAAUCAUGUUUGAUUUGGCUGAUGGGCUGAUAUCUAUUGCAAUUUUUUGUACCAGCCACUUUCCUUUGGUUCAGACUCCGUGCUCUCUUGGCCGCGCAGCACCUGCCUGCUACACCAUGCCAGCCAUGUCUUUUCAUCGAAUUAUGACCGUGCUGGUUGCUACCAGCUGGUUUGCCCUUGCCGACAUGUACCUCAACAACCCACGAGGAUCAAAUAACAAGCUGCGUGAGCAAAGCAACAAUGUGCAGAAUGCGAAUCGCUUGUUUGAUUCCCAGAACAAUGCGGCUUCAGGCUAUCAGAUUGGCGAUGAUUGCAAGCCCGCGUGCAAGGAUGAAAACAACAAUUACAACGUGAAUGUGGAGGGGGCAACGAAGGGAACCAUGAAGUACUACCAAGGUUCCGAGCUCUACAUUGAGUGGCACUUGCAGCACGGCUGUGGCGUUGGACAUCCAAAUCUAAAGUGUCAGAUCAUUUUGCAGUACAUGUCCGAGGCAGACAACCCUAGCCUUCGCGAUGGGACAGACCAAGACUCUGCUGGUGGAGAUGGCGAAGAUCCCACCGAGGACGAGACUGCUGAGGUUUCUCGAGGAUACCAUGAGCCUUUGGACUUUUAUCAGAUCUGCAUUCAGCGAGAGCGCAACAGGGGCCUCUACACCGCAGAUCAGCAGAUCGAGGCCAAUGGAGGAGCCACCUCGACUCGUCAGAAUCCCAAUGGCAAUGGCCGACGUCGUGGGAAUCAACGUCAUGGCCUGGAGUGCCCUGAGGAGCGCGACUACUACCCAUAUUGGCAUCCAACUCCAUGGCAUGAUAUCGCAAUUUUGACCGACGAGCCCCAAGCGCGCUGCGAGUAUUAUCGUAUGGAAUCGCAGAAUGUGAUGGCCAAGGGGUAUUGCUCACUUCCAGAGUACAACAACGCGGAUGCCUGCGCUGGAAACGGUGGCGAGUGGAAAAUGCAGGACGCUUACAAUGAACCACCUCCAGAGUGUACCGGAGGCAUCACAAGUCGGGAUAACCACAACGGCAAUGUGAAGAACGGUCAUCCGCACUAUUACGUUUGGAAGAUUCCAGAAUUCUUGAAGGGCAGGGUUGUCCUGCGUAUCCGCUACAACAUCAGCACGGGGGACUUUGGGUAUGGCUCCUUGGCCAAUCCGGUGGAGGAGGGUGCCCAACUCACAGGUGUGAAGGCAGAUUCCUUCUUCCUGGAUGCCAAGUUCAAUGAUCCCAACCCUGGGAAUCGACGCCGCCGGACCUUUUCCGGACGACCAUCUGUGCCUGUGCCGUUGGCCCAAGAUCCUGUGGCCGAUUGGCUGAAACUGGGCGAAACGGCACAGGACACCAGCCGCCUCCUUCAGCUCCAGGUCAACACGAACCAGUUCGGCCGCACUUUUGAAGACCGAACCCAUUCCUUUAUUGUGAUGGAGAGGCCAGCUGAUGCUAUGGGCAAGCGCAUUGUCAACUUCAACGUUCGGGGCCGAAGGGGCAACAUUGUUCAAGUCUACCCCUCGGUGGAGUAUGACUUCGUUCCACAGGACCUGGUCGUGGAGCAGGGUACAUUGCUUCACUUCCAAUGGACUGGAUCAGAUGCCAACAACAACAAUAAUGCCGGGAAUGGACGGGCAGGCACUGACCGAUCCAACUUGGUCCAGGUACAAGCUCGUGCGCAGAGAAUUCCACUGUCUUUAGAGUCGCACACCUUGUUCUUUGACGCAAAAAAUGACCCAAACAAUGCGGAGGGGCGCAGUUUGGUGGAUCGCUUUGCCUACUUGGACCAGAAUAAGAUUGUCACCUGCGACCCAGAUACCAACGAUCAAAACUCCGAGACAAAUUGCAAGCAGCUCAACGGAGCAUCUGCUUACUUCGAUGGUGGUCUUGUGGAGAUGAAAGUGACGGGCACGCACCACUUCGCGAGCACCCGGAACAACGACUUCACCAACCGAUCACACAAAUCCUCCAUCACAGUCACUGGCAUUGCAUUGGAGGUCUACGAGAACAUCGCGCUCGGCGUUGGCUGCUUUUGUGCGUUGGUAUUGGUAAUCUAUCUAUGUGCUGCAAUCCAUGCUUGCCGCCGGCCAGGCAGUUGGUUAUUUUCAAGGCGUUAUCGGCCCCGGAUCCUGGGUUGGGUGCUGCGAAGGGAAACACUCGAUCGACUAGUGGAGCAGCGAAGACAGUUGGUAGCUCAACAACGGAGGGACUGGGCCAAGAAGGCUAAUGGACAUGCAGCAGAUGAAGAAGGAGGCACUGAGAAGGCUGAAGUAGCUUUGCCUGAUGAGCAUCUUACGUGGUCACAGAGCAUCAAGCGCUGCUUCCGCAAGUGCGGCUUUGGGGAGCAGCAAUUGACCACGUUGAUGUUCGCAGUCCUAAAUGUCCUGGUCUUUACGAUUGGCUUCUUGUCGAAUUUGUCAGGCGGCUUCAAGAAGUCGUGGGCCUUUCCAAUUGCAAAGGGUGGGGGCUAUGCCAUGGACCUAAACUUUGCUUUGUUGGUUCUGCCAACAUUGAAAAGCCUUCAAACCACCAUUCGGCGAGUUGGCUCCUCCCGAGAGUGGGUUCCAAUCGAUGAUCCUAUCAACUUUCACAUCGUGAUUGCCAGCUUCACGAUGAUCAGCUCUGCUAUUCAUAUCGCCGGCCAUUGUGUUCACAUGUACCUCAUCCGCUCUUCGCCCACCAUCCAGUCUGACCCGUUUCAGCUGUGGAAUCUAUCAUCUGAGGAGAAGAUGAGUGGUAUGACCCUUUGGCAACAGGUCUUGAAUGUGCAAAUUCGCUGUGCUGGACUGACUGGAAUCAUCCUGACAUUUAUGAUGGUGGCCAUUCUCCUCACAGCUUUGAAUUGUUCUCGCCGUGGUACCAACUGCUUGACCCGGCGCUUUGCCGGGUUCAAUUUGUUUUGGCGGGUUCAUAUGUCGUGGAAGCUUCUCUACGUGCUGCUGUUGCUUCAUGCCCCUGCACGGCUGUGGAUCUGGUUCUUUUUCCCAGCGAUGUUUGUCAUUGUGGAUCGUUUGCUACUGGCCAACAAUCAAAGUCUCUACUUGUCUUUGCGAAGCGUGAAGCUACUUCCAAGGGAUGUCAUUGGUUUGACCUUCGAACUCCCUCAAGGCUUUGCAUACCAGGCUGGCCAAUACAUCCUUUUGGGAUGGAAGGGUGAAUGGCACCCCUUUACUUUGACCUCUGCCCCAGAGGAAAAUUGUAUCAGCGUGCACAUCCGCGCCCCAAACACUUUAGAUUGGUGCUCUGCGCUUCGAAAGCGUCUCACUCAAGAGUCUCCAGCCCAAGCUGCCGGAAAUGCUGAUGAGAAGCAAAAGCCUCCCAAAGCACCUUUGAUCAUUGAGUACUCUCAGCGCACUCUGCCCAACUGCCCUGUGGUCUACAAUGUUCCCAAGGUGCAGAAGAUGCCUAAGGGCGACCAAGGAGAUGUUGCUGAUGUCACGGAGCUUGAAGGUGCCCGCACCUCCAGACGUCAUCUAACAGGCAAGGCGGUGGAGGCCGUUCGCUCGGGCGAGACAAUGGUCAGCAGAGUUCGGCCAGGGAUGUUGCCGCCAGAGGCGGUGGUCUUGCAAGUCACGGGCCCCUUUGGCGCACCUGCGCAAAAGGUUUGGGGCUUCGACACACUCAUGGUCGUGGGUGCAGGUAUCGGCGUGACUCCCUUUGCAUCCAUUUUGCGUUCAGUGCAGCUGCGAUCCAAACAAAGAGAGACCAUAAUGAGUGCAGCCACAAAGCCUUCCGCUUGGAGAAACAUGAUGGGAAGUGAGCAACAAGAGUCCAGAGACAGCUUGCAGCGCUUGGUUGAUGAUCUAGUAGUCGUUCCAAACAAAAUCUACUUCUACUGGAUUUGCCGUGGGCAAGAAGAGUUUGACUGGUUCUGCGACCUCCUAUCAGAUGCCGCGACAGGUCCCGCUGCUGGCAUCGUGGACAUUACACUUUUCCUGACAGGCGAGAUUGAGCUGUCGCAGGUGAAGAAGCUCCCCUGUGCCAGCGGCCAAUUCUUUGGUCGUCCCAAUUGGGGGCGAAUCUUCAAGCAAAACCGAGAGAAGCACCAAGGGGAGCACAUUGGUGUCUUUCUGUGUGGUUCGCCAAUUAUUGGAGAGGAGCUGUCACGCCAGAGCAUCAAGAACUCUGACCUCAUUGGGACACCUGGUGCAACCCGCUUCUCUUUCUUCAAAGAGCACUUCUGAACUACCAUGAGUCAUGAGCAUUUUUGUAGCAAAAGGUUGUCAAAUGGUUGCUCCGCUCUCGACACAGGCGCGGGUCCUGGGUAACCGCUGCACACCCUUUCAAGCCUGCACAGGUUUUUCGUUGCAGAGAUUGCGGUCACAAAUUUUGCUGUAUAGAUGGGUGACUGACUGCAAGCCUACCAUUUGUGGCAGGCUUUUGGACGGCUUGGCAAAUGCCCACUUCACUGACUGUCAGUCUCAGUGGAGGAAGUUUUGUCAAGCGCAAAACGCGUUUGAAAGCGUUCUGCCAAGCCAUGCUUAGUGCCCUUCAUUGGUAUAGGCCGUGCUUGGACUCCCAGAUACAGUGCUGAGAUCAACAGCGGGUGUUCAAUUGAGGCUGAUAUCAUUUUCGGGUUGGAUGGAUGAUGGAUGACGAAUAAUUGAUGAUGACAAA